AUGGUGGAAAACGACAUCAAACUGCACGACAUAUUUUUGAUCGUUUCCGGAAUCAUUUUAGGCUUUGCCGACCCCAUCACUGAUAUUCUCACACUGGUGGAAUUCUACCUCGAGGAUCACAAGAGAUGGUUCGGUGUAGGCCUCACUUUCGUCUUUUUGCCCUGUUUUGUGUUUUUACUGACUUAUUAUGUUUUAAAAAGAUCUGAAUUGAAAAAGGUCAGCAUUGCUAGGAGGUGCCCGCAAGUUAUCCUUUGCGCUGCAAAUCCAUUCUUUCCAGCCUUUCUAAAACUGCAAACACUGUUUUCCUACCUGAAGAAAUUUACGAAUUUCUGGCGUGGCAAUAAAGUUUCAGGAAUGGAUUCAGGAAAUAGUGACAAAGAAGCUGAUGAUGAUCUAUUGCAUCAGAGCAAUGUCGCGCUUCUGUUUGAGGGUACUCUUGAAUCAGCUCUUCAGUUUAUUAUUCAGUUGUACGCCAUGGUUGUUCAACAGCAAUCCGUGACGAUCGUCCAAAUGGUUUCCCUGCCCGUGUCUUUCCUCAGCUUGGCUUGGGCGUCUACUGUUGGCGAUGAGUUCAUUCACUACAAUGCAGGUGGCGCUAACGCGGGGCGAAAUUUAAUCCCGGGGGUACUUGCAGAAAAAUUGGGUAGGGGUGUGCGGCCCGCUUCCCAAAACCCUUACCCUAUUUAUGACCAAAAUCUGCGAUUUUCCCUACCCUAUUUAUGACCUAACCAAAAAUUUGAUACCCUAUUUAUGACCUGACCCUUAAAUCAAUACCCUGUUUCAGACCUGCCUUAUAAUUAUUUCCCUAGUUCAGACCAAUGUUAAAGGCAAUGUUUAUCUGCUUUUAUUAGGUUAGGGGGACACGAUAAGGAAGUAGCUUCUUCUAAAAAAGUGCAUUCAAGACUACAGUGCAAAAAUCGUUACCCUAUUUAUGACCAAAAUGGCAGCAAAAUAGCCAAAAUCGAUACCCAAUUUAUGACCAAAACGGCUGAAAAACCCUACCCUUUGGGGCCGCACAUACCUAUAUAGCCCAUAUUAGGGAGUACCCCCCCGGGAAUUUAAUACACAGACUACUUCGCUUUACAACGCAUGUAUCCCUUUUGAGCAGUCGACUGUUUGCCAUUGCUUUGUUCAACGUACGUUACAAGUGGUGGAUUACCAAAGUUUUGAUUCUCCAUUCUAUGGCGAUAGUGGUCUGUGGUAUCAUCUGGUUUUAUCCCCGAACACUGUGUAAUGCCAAAGCACUGGAAGAUGCACGUUUAAUAGCUUCCCAUUUCUGCCUUCAUUGGCUGCGAGAUGACAUAGCAGUUAGAAUACAUGAGGUACCAAGAGAAAAUCGAAAGAAAGAACUGAGAAUUAUGCAGUUGUUUUCCAACGUACUGUUUGUGAUAGAAAACAUCAUCAUGAUCCUGUUGUUUUAUUUCAAUCAUUUCCCUCACACCUGGUACUCCUUACCAGUCACCAUCUGCGUCUGUUUGUUUGCUGUUCUUGGAGCCAUAAUGCUGAUAAUGAGACUUGCUCAUUUUUCUUUUUUAUCGAAAAAGUUAAAUGAUGAUAGUGAUGACUUUUCUUAA